CUUGUCCAACGUCCCCGCGUCGCCGCGUCCCCACGCAGCUGUCUCUGCCUCGGGCGCCGCGCAACCAGGAACCAGGACUGGUGGCCAUGGCUUCCCCAUCCUCUCACCAGCUGGAUGAGGAUGAGAGUCUCAAGGGGUGUGAACUGUAUGUGCAGAAGCACAGCGUCCAGCAGGUCCUCAAGGACUGCAUCGUGCAUCUCUGCAUCACCAAGCCAGAGCGCCCCAUGAAGUUCCUCCGAGAGUACUUCGAAAAGCUGGAGAAGGAAGAAAACAGGCAGAUUUUAGCCCAGCAGAAGUCAUCCUCCCAGUCAGACUCACACGAUGAGGAGGUCUCCCCAAUACCACCCAACCCUGUGGUGAAAGCCCGCCACCGCCGAGGCGGCGUGAGCGCUGAGGUGUACACCGAGGAGGAUGCCGUGUCCUAUGUGAGGAAGGUGAUCCCCAAGGACUAUAAGACCAUGACAGCGCUGGCCAAAGCCAUCUCCAAGAACGUGCUGUUUGCUCACCUGGAUGACAACGAGAGAAGUGACAUAUUCGAUGCCAUGUUCCCUGUCACUCACAUUGCCGGGGAGACUGUCAUACAGCAAGGGGAUGAAGGAGAUAACUUCUACGUCAUUGAUCAAGGAGAAGUAGAUGUAUAUGUGAAUGGAGAGUGGGUGACUAGCAUCAGCGAGGGAGGCAGUUUUGGGGAGCUGGCUCUGAUCUACGGCACCCCCAGGGCAGCGACGGUGAAAGCCAAGACCGACCUCAAGCUCUGGGGCAUCGACCGGGACAGCUACCGGCGCAUUCUCAUGGGCAGCACACUGAGGAAGCGCAAGAUGUAUGAGGAGUUCCUAAGCAAGGUCUCCAUCCUGGAGUCCCUGGAGAAGUGGGAGCGCCUGACAGUAGCUGAUGCCCUGGAGCCCGUCCAGUUUGAAGAUGGAGAGAAAAUCGUAGUUCAGGGAGAACCUGGGGAUGACUUCUUCAUCAUCACGGAGGGCACGGCUUCCGUCCUCCAGCGCCGGUCCCCCAAUGAGGAGUAUGUGGAGGUGGGGCGCCUCGGGCCUUCCGACUACUUUGGGGAGAUCGCGCUGCUGCUGAACCGGCCCCGGGCAGCCACUGUGGUGGCGCGGGGACCCCUCAAGUGUGUCAAGUUGGACCGGCCCCGCUUCGAGCGUGUGCUGGGUCCUUGCUCCGAGAUCCUCAAGAGGAACAUCCAGCGCUACAACAGCUUCAUCUCCCUCACCGUCUGAGUCCCUCCACUUCCUGCCCUGCUUCCCAUGUGCUGGCGUGUUCGUCUGUGUCAGGAGGCCUUGGUGGGGGGCUGGUGUCCCAGCAUGGGGGGACUGUCCCCUCCAGCGGACUCACCUUUGGAAUAAAAUAGUCACCUCAUGCAUUUCAACACAACAACCAAGGGUGUCUACACCUCACCCUCUUCUCCCUGCUCCAUGGGCUUGUCUUAUGGGACCCAUCCUCAUCUCCCCACAUCUUCUGGGGCACAUGGGGGUGUGCCCACCCCCAGGGGCCAAAGGCCCCAGCUAUGAGUCCAUGUUGACCAGACCUGCUGAUGGCUCUCUUUGCCAGAGUUGGGCCAGGUCACCAGGUGUGGGUCUGAGUGUGGAGCUGGUGACAACACCAGGGAUGUCCCACAACCACCCUUGGGCUUCGAGCCAUAAGUUGAGGUUAGAGAAAGGGAGGGUCUUGGCCCCUCCCUCAGACACUCCUGCCCAGUCUGAGAGGGUCCUGUCCAGCGUGCCAGGGUGGGAGAGCCCUGCCUUGGAGCAAGAGAGGGUGGCUGGCCCAGUAUGGCGGGGGGUCCUGGCUCAGGUGAGGCCAUGCUACUGAAAGUGAACCCACACAGUGGGGUCUGGCCUUGCAUUGGAAUGUUUAAAGGUGUGGUCCUUUUUUGGAAAGGCCAUCUUGGGCGAGCUUUGACAGGAAGUCAGGGGCAGCUGGUCACCUUGCUGGAUUGAGAUGGCUAGGAUGGGGAGGAAACAGUGUGAGUUUGGGACUUUCCAAGAUCCAGUGAGUGCUGUUCUCUUGGAUUUGGGGGGAACCCAAACAAUGUCUCCUAUUAUUGCAAAGUAGCUUAUUAGAGACCUUGCAAGGAAGAGGAGGGAGGGGUUCCUCGAACCUGUUCUGGGUAAAGUUGUGAGAACCAGGCCAGGUCCCUUCUGCGUUAUUCUCCAGAUGAUGUGCCUCCAGUUGGGGCCUUUGCCCUGGGAAAGAAAAUGUGCAGCUCCCAAACUGAGCCUCCAUUCUCACGUCAGAAAAAAAAUUCAGUCAAACCAGCUGUGGGUCCCCCACACCCAAGUCAUCCAUUGAUUGAUUUCCCCUGAAAAAUAUCUUCACUCCAACACUAAUGUGAGAGACAGACCUGGGGGGACUGGGCAAGGGUGGACAGAGAGCCUCGUGUGACUUCUGGGGACCUGAAUGCUAUCGAGAUGGUGCAGUUAACCCGACUUUGCUUCUGCCUGUGCACGUCGGGAGGGGGGCUGCCCAGUCUUGGGGACCCUUGCCAGCCCUGUCUUUCCCUGUGGAUGUGUCUGUGAUGUGUGAACCCCACCCCUAUUUAUUGCAAUGUUUUGAGUGCUGCAUGUACUAUUAAAUGUGCAAUGAAGUACCUCUUCUCGA